CGAGGGAACACAACGACAUUCUCAAAAUCAGACAUGGAUUCCAGAACAGCAUUCUGCGCUGCUCUGCUACUGGCGACGCUGCUGCCUCUUUCAGCUAACGCGUCGAGCAAACUCUAUAUCGUGUAUAUGGGGGAGAAGAAGCAUGAUGAUCCGUCCGUGGUCAUGGCGUCUCACCAUGAUAUGCUAACAUCUGUUUUUGGGAGCAAGGAUGAAGCCUUGAUGUCCAUAGUUUACAGUUACAAGCAUGGAUUUUCUGGGUUCGCGGCUAUGCUCACCAAAUCUCAAGCCGAGGCAAUAGCAAAAUUUCCUGAAGUUGUCUCUGUAAAGCCUAACACUUUUCACCAAACACACACAACUCGGAGCUGGGACUUCCUUGGCCUUGACCAUAAUCAGCCAGCACAUCAACUUGGACUACUAAAAAAAGCAAAGUACGGUGAAGAUAUCAUCGUUGGAGUGAUCGAUUCAGGAAUAUGGCCUGAGUCACGAAGUUUUGAUGACAAUGGCUAUGGACCCGUGCCGGCACGGUGGAAAGGAAAAUGUCAGAGUGGCCAGAAGUACAACGCCACUGGUUGCAACAGAAAGAUCAUCGGUGCGCGUUGGUAUGGUCGUGGCAUCAGUGCUGAGUCGCUAAAGAGAGACUAUAAGUCGCCAAGGGACAUGGACGGCCAUGGCACACACGUCGCCUCAACUAUAGCCGGCGGGGAAGUGCAGGGCGUGAGCUACCGAGGCCUAGGCAAGGGUGUGGCACGCGGCGGGGCACCACGUGCGCGGCUCGGUAUCUACAAAGUGUGCUGGGUGGAUCAGGGUUGCCCUGACGCGGCGGUCCUAGCUGCCAUAGACGACGCCAUACAUGAUGGGGUGGACGUCUUGUCGCUCUCUGUUGGACUCGCUGGUCAUGAGUUCUCCGGGUCGUUGCAUGCUGUGCAAAGAGGGAUCUCUGUCGUCUUUGCUGGAGGUAACGAUGGUCCUGUGCCACAGACGGUGACGAACGCCGUGCCAUGGGUUACGACGGUGGCCGCUAGCACAAUUGACCGGUCUUUCCCGACCUUGAUAUCACUCGGGAACAAAGAAAAACUGGUGGGGCAAUCUCUAAACUACAAUGCAGCCAUGAACAACAGCGGCUUUCAGGACCUCGUUCAUGCGGGGAGAUGCGACACAGAAUCACUAGCAUUGAGCAACGUCACCGGCAAAACUGUCCUCUGUUAUGCACCAGCCCAGGCGGCCACCACACCACCAAGAGCAGUACUCUCUCGUUUCAUCAACCGGACCAUCGAGGCCGGUGCGAAGGGCCUCAUCUUCGCACAGUACACCGUCAACCUUCUUGAAAUCCUGACCAGCUGUGAAGGAUUUAUGCCUUGCGCGGUGGUGGAUUUCGAGAUCGCGCAAAGAAUCGCCUCCUACUGGGAAAUGACUGAGAAUCCGGUGGUGAAGAUAUCGCCAGCCGAAAGCAUUGUUGGAAAUGGGGUGUUGUCACCAAUUGUUGCCAUGUUCUCGUCGAGAGGCCCAAGCCCUGCUUUCCCCGGCAUACUCAAGCCCGACGUUACUGCACCCGGCGUCAGCAUUUUGGCAGCGGAGCGCGACUCCUAUGUUUUCAAAUCUGGGACAUCCAUGGCAUGCCCACAUGUCUCUGCGGUGACCGCAAUGCUCAAGUCAGUUCACCGUGACUGGUCACCUGCCAUGAUCAAGUCUGCCAUCGUCACCACGGCAUACGUAACCGAUCGGUUUGGUAUGCCCAUCCAAGCAAACGGAGUACCGAGGAAACUAGCCGACCCAUUUGACUUUGGUGGUGGCCACAUGGACCCGGAGAGAGCUGUUGACCCUGGCCUUGUUUACGACCUGGAUGCAAGGGAGUACAACAAGCUCUUCAACUGCACACUUGAAUUAUCAGAUGGUUGCAAGUCGUACAACCUGAACCUCAACCUCCCGUCGAUCACUGUGCCAGACCUCAUGGACCAUGUCAUUCUUCAACGCACUGUAACUAACGUUGGGCCAGCGGAAGCAACUUAUCAUUUAGUGACUGAAGCUCCGGCGGGGAUAGAUGUGUCUGUGGAACCAUCAGUGAUCAAUUUCACUCAAGGCGGCAGUAGAAGAGCGACAUUUACAGUGACAUUUAAGACAAGGCAGAGAGUUCAAGGCGGAUACACUUUUGGGAGCUUGACUUGGUCAGAUGGAAGUACCCACUCAGUAAGAAUUCCUGUUGCGAUACGCACAGUGAUACAAGACUUUGUUGCUGAUACAGCUUAAAGUCGAAUCAAGUUAUUGUACACCUUCUUGAUGUAUCCAUGUAUAGUUUCCAUACGAAAAUGUAGGAGAAACACUGAAUAUCAAAAUUUGUACAUCAUCACAGGAAAUUUUAUACUGGAAUAAUACAAUUCUUUGUGAA